CAAGUAUACAUAGAUACCCGGCCUGCAGUGCUGCUACAACGCUACAUUUCUUGUCGACAUUUAUCUAAAAAAACUUUAAUAAAUUAGUCGUUACUCGUUAACCUGUGGUCGUCGCUGACAGGUUAUUAAUUUAUACAUAAAUCCUUUCAUUCAUUUUUAGUUAACAUGGCCAAUGCAAGUGUAAACAACGAAAAGGAUAAUUUAACUUCAGUACUCUAUGGUGUUAGAGAUUUACGACUUGAACAACGGCCAAUACCCAUACCUGGUCAUAAUGAAGUAUUAUUGAAGAUUCAACGUGUAGGAAUAUGUGGUUCGGAUGUCCACUAUUUAGUGCAUGGAGCUAUAGGUCACUAUAUUGUUAAAGAGCCAAUGGUUAUUGGUCAUGAAGCCAGUGGAAUUGUAGUGAAGCUUGGAGAAGGUGUAAAAAGUCUCAAAGUUGGUGAUAGAGUAGCAAUUGAACCAGGAGUAUCAUGUCGCAUGUGCCAGUUUUGUAAGCUUGGCUCAUACAAUUUAUGUCCAGAUAUGAAAUUCUGUGCUACACCACCUGUAGAUGGAAAUUUGACUCGUUAUUAUGUCCAUGCUGCUGAUUUUUGUUAUAA